GACGUGGGCUUCCUGAGGGAUGUUUUCAGUGAAAAAAGCCUCAGUUACUUAAUGAAGAUUCAUGAGAAGCUUCGCUAUUAUGAAAGGCAAAGUCCAACCCCAGUUCUGCACAGCGCUGUGGCCCUCACUGAGGACGUGAUGGAGUUGCAGGCCGCCUCCGUGCACAGUGAUGAGAGGGAACUGCUCCAGCUGCUGUCCACCCCGCACCUGAGGGCUGUGCUCAUGGUACAUGACACAGUUGCCCAGAAGAAUUUUGACCCCAUUCUCCUGCCUCUGCCUGACAAUAUCGAUGAGGAUUUUGAUGAGGAAUCUGUGAAGAUCGUCCGCUUGGUGAAGAACAAGGAACCCUUGGUAG